AUGUACAUUAUCAUGGUAAUCUUGGCAAUGGAGCUGAUACGCUGCGUUCUACAACUGAUGUACGAGAAAGAAAAACGCGAAACAUCAAAGAAAGAAUUACCAAUACUUGUCGCCGAUAAAGAUUCCCUCGGAGAAAACACUAUCUACAAGAGGACCAUUUCGACUUCAUUACCAAAAAUAACAAAGAAUGGAAAGGAACUUGAUCAAAAAUUUAGCAAUAUUUUGUCCGGUGGAGUACAACAUGGCAUAUCAAGGUCACCAUUCGCAUGUAAUGAUAAAUUGAGAGCUGCAAUGCCGUCUCUAGAGAGAGCAAUUACAACACAAAGUGUACCGAUUGCGAAUAUUUCUCAAAAGCCUAGACUGAAAAUGACUAAAAGCAGCCAUAAAAAGUCAGUCAAGGAGAGAUCAAUCAAUAAAUCCAAGAAAAGUGGAGAAAACAUUAAAAGAAAUCUAAAACUCAAAAUAUCAAUACCAUUAAAACGGACUCAAGUAGACAACAUAUCGGAGGAGAGACAUACGGCAGAGACAUGUAAUGAUAAAUUGAGAGCUGCAAUGCCGUCUCUAGAGAGAGCAAUUACAACACAAAGUGUACCGAUUGCGAAUAUUUCUCAAAAGCCUAGACUGAAAAUGACUAAAAGCAGCCAUAAAAAGUCAGUCAAGGAGAGAUCAAUCAAUAAAUCCAAGAAAAGUGGAGAAAACAUUAAAAGAAAUCUAAAACUCAAAAUAUCAAUACCAUUAAAACGGACUCAAGUAGACAACAUAUCGGAGGAGAGACAUACGGCAGAGAGUACGAAGGCAAUGAAGGAGCAAUAUAUUGGAUACUACAAAAAGUUUUAA